AUGGCGUCCCCUCAGAUCUCCCGCAGAGCCCUGGGCCUCCUUCUCCUCCUCGCCGCCGCGGCCGCGGUCGUCUCGCCAGCCACCGCCGACGAGGUGGUGGCCCUGACGGAAGCCGACUUCGAGAAGGAGGUCGGCCAGGACCGCGGCGCCCUCGUCGAGUUCUACGCGCCAUGGUGCGGCCACUGCAAAAAGCUUGCCCCCGAGUAUGAAAAACUUGGCGCAAGCUUCAAGAAGGCUAAAUCUGUAUUAAUAGCAAAGGUUGACUGCGAUGAGCACAAGAGUUUGUGCAGCAAGUAUGGAGUUUCUGGGUACCCCACAAUUCAAUGGUUCCCCAAAGGUUCCUUGGAGCCAAAGAAGUAUGAGGGUGAACGUUCUGUGGAAGCCCUUGCAGAAUUUGUUAACAGUGAAGCAGGUACCAAUGUCAAGAUAGCUGCCAUUCCUUCAAGCGUCGUGGUUCUGACUCCAGAGACCUUUGACUCAAUUGUCCUUGAUGAAACCAAAGAUGUUCUUGUUGAGUUCUAUGCCCCAUGGUGUGGUCACUGCAAGCAUCUUGCUCCGGUUUAUGAGAAGCUGGCUUCAGUUUUCAAGCAGGACGAUGGUGUUGUGAUCGCCAAUCUUGAUGCUGACAAGCACACUGACUUGGCUGAGAAGUAUGGUGUUUCUGGUUUCCCCACAUUGAAGUUCUUCCCUAAGGGAAACAAAGCUGGUGAAGAUUAUGAUGGUGGCCGGGACUUGGAUGACUUUGUCAAGUUUAUUAAUGAGAAGUGUGGCACCAGCCGGGAUUCAAAGGGCCAACUGAAUUCAGAGGCUGGGCUUGUGGCAAGCUUGAAUCCUCUUGUGAAAGAGUUUCUCAAUGCUGCUGAUGACAAACGGAAGGAAGUCCUCUCUAAAAUAGAAGAGGAUGUUGCUAAGCUCAGUGGUUCUGCUGCCAAGCACGGAAAGAUAUAUGUGACAGCUGCAAAGAAGAUUAUGGACAAGGGCUCUGACUACACUAAGAAGGAGACUGAGAGGCUUCACCGCUUGCUGGAGAAGUCAAUCAGUCCUUCCAAAGCUGAUGAAUUUAUCAUUAAGAAGAACAUUCUUUCGACAUUCUCUUCUUGA